UGAAGGCACUGUGACACCCGUCCACGUCAUUCACGCCACGUCCAGUGCACAGAAAUUAUUAUUACUGUUAAAAUGAAUGAAAAUGAGUAAGAGCUGCAUUUUUUAGGUAACAAGAUCGUUAUCGCUUGUUCUACUUUCCAUAGUGAAUUGCGCCAUUCGCGAAUAAUUCGUUACAGGUAACGGUGUUAGUUCGGGUACAAACAAACAGUGUCUUGUACGGUGUAGUUGAUUGGUUUCCUGGGUUGUAAAAGCAGAUGAAAAGCGGUGGACUGACAUGCAGUGACGCUGUCCUACAAUGUUUUGGUUCCUGACGAUGACGUAAUACACAAAAACAUGGUUCCCUUGUUUUGAACCUGAAAAGCGUGUAGCUAAAGUGCUUCUUUAACUUCGCCACGCACGAAGAUGCUUUCCCGAAACUGAGUGACUGGAAAACAUUCACAAGAGACGAUGGCACAGCCCGCGGAAACGUGUGCUGAAUCUGGACGCAGGCUGCGCUCCAUCUGCCGGAGGAUGUAUGACGAAAACGAGGAUUUGUCUGACGUUGAAGAAAUUACAAACAUCAGAGGUUUCAGCGUGGAGGAAAAGCUCGUCAGUGACAGUUACAACGCAAACUUUGUCCACCUGAUGGAGGGCAAAGACUUCACUUAUGAGUACGUGCAAAGGGAGGCUCUCAGGAUCCCACUCAUUUUUAAAGAGAAAGAUGGACUAGGGAUCAGAAUGCCUGAUCCAGAAUUCACAGUUAGUGAAAUUAAAGGUUUAGUUGGCAGUCGUCGGUCUGUGGAUGUCAUGGAUGUGAGCACUCAGAAAGGCUCUGAAAUGAGCAUGGCUCAGUUUGUCCGGUAUUAUGAGACGCCAGAGGAAGAGCGGGACAAACUCUUCAAUGUCAUCAGCUUAGAGUUCAGCCACACUAAGCUGGAGAACCUCAUCAAGCGACCCACAGUGGUGGAUCAAGUUGACUGGGUGGACAACAUGUGGCCUCCUGAUCUGAAACAAAGUCAAACAGAAGCCACUAAUGUAAUCUCAGAGAUGAAGUACCCUAAAGUGCAAAGGUAUUGUCUGAUGAGUGUGAAGGGCUGCUACACAGAUUUCCACAUCGAUUUUGGGGGAACUUCAGUUUGGUAUCAUGUAUUCAAGGGACAGAAAGUGUUCUGGCUGGUGCCUCCCACCGCUCAUAACCUUGCCCUAUAUGAAGACUGGGUCCUGUCAGGCAAGCAGAGUGACAUAUUCCUGGGAGACCGAGCUGAUGGAUGCCAGAGAGUGGAGCUCAAGCAAGGAUACACCUUCUUCAUCCCAUCUGGGUGGAUUCAUGCUGUCUACACUCCAGAGGACACUCUGGUAUUUGGAGGGAACAUUCUGCACAGCUUUAACAUUCCUAUGCAGCUCACCAUCCAUGAGAUAGAGAAUAGGACCAAGGUUCAUUCCAAGUUUCGUUUCCCCUUCUACCAUGAGAUCUGCUGGUAUGUCCUGGAGAGAUACCUGCACUGCCUGACCAAACGGUCCUACCUUUCUCAAGAGAUCCGUAAAGAGCCUGUACUAAUGGACUAUGAAACAAAGGCAAACACAGAGAGCCCCUCCUCUGACUCAAGAAGCCAGGACAUGAACGAGGACUCAUGUGAGACUCAAGUGAGAGAGGAGCAGGGUGAAAAACCAGAGAGAGUCACUCAGGAUGGCCCCUGCUCUCCUGACAACGGGAGGGGCCAACACCUCAAAGCAGUUUUAUCUGUUGACUCUGAGGACAGCUGUAAUCCUUGCUCCACUUCUCUAGAUUUCCCCAAAACCCCCUCUGACUCUCCAGCCUCAGAGUCUCAGAAUAAAUGGACUCAUUUGACAGAGUUUGAGCUGAGUGGACUGAGGACACUGAUAGAGAAGCUGGAGUCACUCCCUGAAAAUAAGAAAAGUGUCCCAGAGGGAAUAGAGAACGCACAGGCCCUGCUGGAGGACAUGAAGGUUGUCUUAAAGGAACAUGCUGAUGAUGACCCCAAAUUAGCGAUCACUGGACUUCCUGUGGUGUACUGGCCUAAGAAAACUAUAAAGCCCCGGCCUCCCAAUCGGCCGAAACCUAAGAUGGCAGCUUCUCCUGCAUCAGCAGUCAAGCUGUCAGCUAGUCGGGGAACAUCUGGCGCCAGGAGGAGAAGGACCCGCUGUCGGAAGUGUGAGGCAUGCCUGCGGACAGAGUGUGGAGAGUGCCACUUUUGUAAAGACAUGAAGAAGUUCGGUGGGCCGGGCCGUAUGAAACAGUCCUGCAUCAUGAGGCAGUGCAUCGCACCUGUUCUGCCCCACACAGCAGUGUGUCUUGUCUGUGGAGAGGCAGGGAAGGAGGACACUGUGGAGGAUGAGGAGGAAAAAUUUAAUCUCAUGCUCAUGGAGUGCUCUAUCUGCAAUGAGAUUGUCCAUCCUAAUUGUCUUAAGGUAAAAGAUUCAAACGGAGUUGUCAAUGAUGAGUUGCCAAACUGCUGGGAGUGCCCAAAGUGCAACCAUGCAGGGAAAACAGGGAAAGCCUCAAAGCAAAAAAGGGGGCCAGGGUUUAAGUAUGCAUCAAACCUUCCUGGCUCGCUACUGAAAGAACCACGCUUAAACCGGGAUUCAAAAGAGGAGCCUGACCCCCCAAUGGUGGCUACAGCAACUGUUACUGCUUUGACGACCACAUCUGCUGUGAAGAGGAAAGCAGAGCGGGAAGAAAUCCCCAAGAGGAAAGACGAAGAGCCGCCAAAAAAACGUCCUCCCUUGCUGUCUCUGGAUGGUACGCCCCGACCAAGGAUCGAGGACAACCCACUAAGGAAAAAGAGGAAACUUUUUGACACCAAUGAUGAACCUGUCAUUGUGAAAAAGAAGAAGAAGCUUUCAAAACCAGAUGAUCCCAUGACUCCGAAGCUGCUGCGUCAAAUCAAGACAGAGAACGAUCACGGUGACGAAGACGACGAUCAGGAGGAUCAUGAAGAAGAUGGAUUCCCCUUGGACAGAAUUCAUUUAAAGGAGAAAAACGAGUAUGAUGAUGAGGACCAAGACGAAGAUGAGGAGGAAGAGGAAGAGGAGACGCUGACAAAAGAGAGAGACAGUAGUGCAGAGGACAAAGGCAAGGUCAUGUUAAGUCCUCUGCUGAGGACAUCUGCAGCCAGAGAAAGUGACCAUUCCUCCUCCAACUCUCCCAGAGCUGGGCCGAGCAGCGAAUCAGGAGAGGCUCAGGAGAGGAGCUCUGCUCAUCUUAAGGCUCGCCAUCAACGGCGACGCCUCCCCAACAAAGAGCUGAGCAAAGAGUUCAACCAGGAGAUUCCCAAGACGGAAGACUGUCUGAGCAACCAAAACCACGGUCCAGUGAAGACAGAGGACAGUCCGGCCAAUCACAAUCGACGACCACUGAAGAAUGAGGAUUCAGUGACCAAUCAGAACCGAAAACCACUGAAAACAGAGGACUCAACCACUAAUCAGAGUCGCAGGGCCCUUAAAAUGGAAGAAGGUUUGGCCAAUCAAAACAGACGCCCGCUGAAAACAGAGGACUGCCUAGCCAAUCAAAACCACAGGCCAAUAAAACCUGAGCCCGAGAAUGAAGUAGAAGACCAGAAGCCUAGAUGGCCUCUUAAUAACGGCAGCAGCGACCUGGGCGACUGGCUGCGACACCGCGGGCGGGAGGUGAACGGCACGCCACGCGGUUACUCUCCCCUGGGGUGGAACAGAAGCACACCAAUCACACCGAUAUGCCCCCGGCCACUCCCCUGCCGGUCACCGCCAAAAUGCAUCCAAAUGGAGCGCCAUGUGAUCCGGCCCCCACCCAUCAGCCCCCCGCCUGACAGGCUGCCUCUCAACGACGGUGAAGCUCACGUGAUGCGACGAGAGAUGUGGAUGACGGUGUUCAGUCACCUGACUCACAGAGAUCUCUGUGUGUGUAUGCGCGUGUGCAGGACCUGGAACAGAUGGUGCUGCGACAAGAGGCUUUGGAAGCACAUCAAUCUAAACCGUUGUAAGUCCAUCACGCCACUCAUGCUGAGCGGCAUCAUCCGGAGACAGCCAGUAGCUCUGGACCUCAGCUGGACCAACAUCUCCAAGAAGCAACUCAGCUGGCUCAUCAACAGACUGCCAGGUCUGCGUGUGCUGCUGCUGUCGGGAUGCUCCUGGGUGGCCGUCUCUGCUCUUUGCACCUCCAGCUGUCCUCUGCUGCGAACUCUGGAUGUUCAGUGGGUUGAGGGACUGAAAGAUGCCCAGAUGAGGGACCUGCUGUCGCCCCCAACAGAUAACAGGCCAGGUCAGUUAGACAACAGGAGUAAGCUGCGUAACGUGGAGGACCUGCGUCUGGCAGGGCUGGACAUCACGGACACGUCUCUGCGUCUCAUCAUCCGUUACAUGCCCUUGUUAUCCAAGCUGGAUCUCAGCUACUGCAACCACGUGACUGACCAGUCUGUCAACAUCCUGACUGCUGCAGGGACGACCACCAGAGACUCGCUCACUGACAUCAACCUGUCAGUCUGUAACAGGGUCACAGACCAGUCGCUGACCUAUUUCAAACGCUGCGGAAGCAUAUGUCACAUCGACCUGCGAUACUGCAAACAGGUGACCAAGGAAGGAUGUGACCAGUUCAUCGCAGAAAUGUCAGUCAGCGUGCAGUUUGAACUGAUAGAGGAGAAACUGCUGCAAAAGAUCAGCUAGACAGAGGACCGUGGGAGACAGUUUUGACAUUUACAAGUGGUGAAGCUACUGUCCACAUGGAGGCAGCAGAUGACUGUGCGCUCGUGGAGAAACGGCACCGUGUCUCACAAACAUCUGCAGACUACUGAACAGACACGAGGACGGCGUCCGUUGCUCUGAAGGCUGAUGUAAAGGGAAGCUGUGCUGCCAAGCCAGAAUGUAGAAAUGGAAAUCUUGUCCAGCGAAGGCAAUAUUGCAAAAACGUUUUUGUUGUUGUUUGCACCUGUUUAUAAGUUAUUUAUUUCUUUGUAUUGAUUGUUUAUGUAUUGUAUCAUGUUUAUCUUCUGGUGUUCACAGACUAUUUUUUGUUCCAAUGCAAAGUUUAUUGCAUUAUAGAGUAAUAUUUUUGUAUCAGAAAGUGUUUCAUACAUUUAUGUGCAGUAUUGAUUGCACCAGUGUACAGUAUCAUACCAUUGAAAUUGAUAAUCAGUCGACAUUACUGUUGAGCUCUUUAUUGUUGAGAGGCAAAGGUCUAAUGAUUUGUUGCCAAACUGUAGGUUGGUAGUUUGUGUUUGUGUGGGUGUUUUUGUAUUUUAAUAUAUAUGUCAGUGCCCUGUUUCUGAUUGGACAAAGGUACCUGUACAUUUUGUUUUUCAUGAGACUACAGACAAUGUUGCUCUGUCCUUAUGGAUGAGAUAUGUAGAAGCAAAGUUUAAAGAGUUUAUUUGCACUGAUACAGUAAAUAUGAAUACAUGAAUGUAUUCACACAUACACUCUACAGUGUACAGUGUAUAAAGCCUAUUUUUUCAACACUAAAAUGUCCUGCGCAUUCUACUAACAGCUUCUAGUUACUGGGUUAUAUUAUAUUAAGACAUACCUGCAUACAAAGGUGUCUGUCAGACAUCACCCUUUAGUGUUGUUGGUGCUUUGUGAAAGGAAGCGUUUUAGCGCUGCAUGCAGAAAAGAAAUCUGUUUACAACACAGUCAGUAGAGUUAGUAACUGUUAAAUAUUAUAACCAUCUGUUUACUCCUGUCCUUAGCUGAACUCCAUGUGAUUAAAAAAAUGAGAGUCAGCGCUGAAUCAUGCCAGAAAUAAAGAAUCGACAAAGCCCAGGAAAGGGAAAUUACAUUUGCACAAAUCUUUCAGUUGAGAACAGACAAGAGGCCAAAAGAUAAAUAGAAAAGGACUUUCUCAACUUUGUUCCACUAUGACAAUUUUUAUAUUGUAUAUCCCAAAAUUCUCAUGACCCCAGAAAUUUCACUAUAGCAUAGUUAAGGGAAUACCUUUAUCUUUUAUUUAAAACAUGUCAAGCCAAUAUUGGUCUAUCAGUCUAGUAAGUCCAUGUCAAUCUCCAGACAUGGGGUCCUGCCCACAAGGUUGACAAAUUGUGUUUUAGGGCCAAAUAUAGUAAAUACAGAAUAAGAUGAGAGGUUCACAGGCACUAUAUGUCCAUACACCCCAUACUGCAAGACAUCUUUCCCGAAAGAUUUGUGAAAAUGUAAAAGUGAAAACGGAUUUUGUUUAUUCUUUAUUCUUAGUCACAGAUUCUGCUGAAACCAGGGUUGUUUUCUUUAAAAUUGUUUCUUAAAAGGUUUAUUUUUUAUGACUUUUGUUUUAAAAGUAUUGGUCUCACUGUGCGCCUCUAUUCAUCAUCAUAAUAUUUAAAGUGAUAAAGAAAUCGCAAAUUUUGCUAUUGGAACUUGUCUAAUAAAAUUUCAGGCUCUGCGGUGUAACGAUUCAGUAGAUUUGCAUUUUUCUUGAUCUUAAAACUAAACUUUUUUAAAAUAAAGUCUUUCGAAGUUUUUUGUGUACCUUUUGAAUAGCAGUUGAUACAGUUCAGUGGAUGGGUUUACAUUUUAAUUGUAUUUGUUUGUUUUUUAUUAGACAACCAUGUCUCCAUAACAUAUUUUAGUACAUUACUGUAAAUGUUCUGUGUACAUACUGUACAUGUAAAGCCUCUAGGAAAAGUUAAGUCAACCUUUGAGAUAUUAAAAUUCAUUUUAAAUACUGAA